AUGAAAUCGAAUAAAAAUCACGGAAAUUCGUUGAUGCCGCCAAAGAAGAUGAAGAAACAAAAACUUAAAAAAUUGAAACUAAAGCGAACAAUUAAUAAGAAUAAAUCCGAAAUUCGACAAAAUUGUUACAGGUUAGCAAAAAAUCCUAGGAAAGAAACAAACGAACCACCGCUUCUUGACGAACCUAUCAAAUGUGAACACUGUCAAGAAACCUUCAAAACUAAUUUAGCUUUCGCCUUUCAUUCUGUUAAUCAUCGCAAAGAUGGUACCUUUUUUUGUCAUUUAUGUAAUACUACUUUAAAAACUAAAUACACAAUCGAAACUCACAUCCGAACCCACGAUGGUUGUCUAAGAUAUAAAUGCCAAAUUUGUGAGGAGUAUUUUAAUGGUAAAAGCGAACUAAGAGACCACGAGAACUGUCAUAUUAGUGGUAGUCCUUAUCAAUGCGAAAUAUGCGGCAAACAUUUCCAAUUCCAAAAACAUCUCUCAUCACAUAUACGAGGACUCCAUAAUAAAUCCAAAUCGUUCGAGUGUAAAGAAUGCAACAUAACCUAUAAAUUUCCAUCCGGUUUAUACCGUCAUAUACAUCUUAAACACAAAAGCGUGGAUCCUUCUGUUAUUUGUGAUAUAUGUGGUAAAAUACUUUCUUGUAGAGAAAAAUUGAAAUCGCAUCAAAAAGCUCAUUCGGGAAAUAUAUUUAGAUGUUUGAUUUGUAGUAAAUCGUUCGUAAGAGAUGUUCAAUUGAAAAUACAUAUGAGAACGCACACCGGCGAAAAACCAUACGAAUGCAAAUUUUGUGGUAAAGCUUUCAAACAACAUUCACCUUACAGAUAUCACAUAAAAAACCAUAUCGGCUUAAGACCACACAUAUGCCGAUAUUGCAGUAAGUCUUUUAUUGCUAAAAGUUCCUGGAAAAACCACGUAAAGGGAUGUGAACUAAAAAUGUUGAAAAGAUCGAACGAUAACAACGUCAAUCUAAAAAUUGAUUUGUAUACGGGCGUCAUUGAUCUGACAUGCCAAAAGAAAAAAAGAGAAAACUACUUUUCUAGCAAAAAGUUGGACAAUACAGGAAAAUAUUUUGUGAAACCUGCCAAAUUAGACAUUCCCUUAAAAUGUGAAAACUGUGAUAAAUAUUUCAAAAACAACGUAGACUUUGCCUUACAUUCAUGUGAACAUGAUAAGAAUAAAAUGUACACAUGUCAUAUAUGCGACUACCAAAUUAAUAAUAAAACUAAUUUAGAGCUUCACGUACGAGAUCACGAAGGUAAAAAAAUGUAUAAAUGUCCCAUAUGCGAAAAACAAUUUGCACGACUAGUCGUCGCUUAUGAACAUCAAUAUUUGCACAAUGGCCAAACACCUUUCCAUUGCGAUAUAUGCGGAAGAGGAUUCCACCAUUCCGCGUCCGUAAUCACCCAUAAAAGAAAAAAUCACCCUCAUAUUCUCAAUGACUCAUUGAAUACCUUCAGAUGUAUAAUUUGUGAAGAAACUAUCACUAGUACGGCUCAAUUAAACAAACAUAAAUUCAAAUCGCAUAACCAGCAUCGCUAUAAUAUUCUUUGCGAAUAUUGCGGUGCGCAAUUCGGAAGUCACAGCGAUAUGUUACGACAUAUGCGCACCCUUACAGGUGAUAGACCGUAUUCUUGCAGAUUUUGUGAUAAAACUUUCGCCGUAAACAGUACCAAAAAUAUACAUGAGCGGAUUCAUACAGGGGAAAAACGUGUUUUCCCAAAACAAGCUAGAGUGAAAGCUCGUAUAAAAGUAGAAUCACGAAGAAAUGGUAUGAGAGGGAUCCUAGCCAAAAUCCCACAACAAGAUCAUGAUCAGUACAUAGUGAAACCUGCUGAAUUAGAAGUUCCACUGACGUGCAAAAUCUGCCAUAAGACAUAUACGAAUAAUAUAGAUUUUGGAUUCCAUUCCAUCAUGCACAGUAAAAAAGAUUUAUAUCAGUGUCAUAUCUGUGAAGAGUUUCAACACCAGAAGAAGUCAAUGCUUGAGAAACAUAUAAGGGAUCACGAAGGUAUAAGAAAGUACCAAUGCCCUUUAUGCGAAAGACAAUUCCCUACCCUAAAAAUAGCUUACGAACAUCAAUAUAUCCACGAAAACAAAAAACCGUUCGAGUGUGAUAUUUGCGGAAAAACAUUUUCCACCUCAGCUUCGGCGAAAAACCACAGAAGUAAAAUACAUUACGAAAUUAUUACUGGCAGAAAACAAGAAAAGUUCGAUUGCAGUUUAUGUAACAAACAUUACAGUAAUCACGCUGGUUUAUCCCAUCACAAUUUCCGUCAUCAUAAAGAAUUUUGUAAAUCGAUGCCGGCUCUUUGCGAAAUUUGCGGUAUGAAUUUUUCGAGCAAAGCGCAAUUAAACAAACACAUGCCGACUCACACUGCCGACAAACCCCAUCCUUGCGAAUUAUGUUCUAAAAGCUUUUCCCGCCCGUUUGAUUUGAAACAGCACCGAUCCGUGCAUACUGGAGAAAAACGAUAUACGUGUAGAUAUUGCGAAAAGAGAUUUGCUCAUAGUUCCUCUUUUAAUUAUCAUUUGAAGUUACAUACCGGCGAGAAACCUUUUAGCUUUUGUUUCAGUGUUAGAAAAAAACGGAAAUACGAAAAAAAUAAACUCAAAGAAAACGGAGAUGUCAAACCACGCGAAAAAAAAACCAGAGCAGUUUAUACCAAAGAUCCUAUGCUAUUAGCCAAACCAUUAGAUUUAGAUGAACCUUUAAUAUGUAAAUUCUGUCUAAGAGAAUUUAAAAAUAACUUAGAUUUUGCAUUCCAUUCCAAAGAACAUAGUAAAGAUGGUACAUAUUCUUGCCAUAUAUGCGAUUAUUCAAACAUUUCUAAAACUCCCUUUGAUCUGCAUAUGCGAGAACACGAAGGUAUUAAUAAAUAUAAAUGUCCUAUUUGUACAAAAACGUUCAAGCAAAGUAAAGAUGCCAUGGAACACAAAUAUUUCCAUACAGGCGAAAAGCCCUUCCAAUGCGAAAUAUGCGGGAAACAUUUUCCUUAUACCAAGAGUUUAACCGCUCACCGACGAAAUACUCACUAUGAAAUAAUCACAGGCAAACCUCUACAAAAGUACGACUGUAAAGUUUGUAAUAAACAUUAUGAAAGUCACUCGGGAUUAGUACGACAUUAUUCAUCGAGUCAUAAAGAACUCGGUUAUGAUUACUCAGUUGUUUGUGACAUUUGUGGAAAAACGAUCGCUACCAGAAACAAAUUGAAAUAUCAUCUAAGAGUCCAUACCGGUUAUAAACCACAUGUGUGUCAAGUUUGUAAUAAAGGUUUUUCCAAAAAACAGGAAUUGAAAAUACACGAGCGCAUCCAUACGGGCGAAAAACCUUUUACUUGUUCAUUUUGUGGAAAAAAAUUUGCGCAGCUGGCUCCUUAUAGAUACCACAUCAAAACUCACACCGGAGAACGAUCUCACAUUUGUCUCAUAUUUACGCCGCCGCGAGUUUUGACGGAAAUUUCUCUUGUCGAAGUAGCCGAUGCCAAAAGGAAUGAUCCGGAAGCUCCUCUACCAUUAGUCUGUACAAAAGAGCCCGAAACUACGGAUGCUUUCAAAUAUAAUUUGAUGAAUGGUGCCACUUUUUCUGCGUUAACUUUAUAA